AUGGCACCGGGAGCUAGCUACGCCCUCAAUCGGCGUUACGAAGAGUGCACUCUUACUGAGGAUGGGUUUAUCGAUGAGAAUAGUUGCUACGUGCCGUUUUGGAGCACUAGGACUGGCAUCAUCGUGAAGUGGUCGCUAUUUCUCGGCAUAAUCGUGUUCCUCAGCCUCUACCUUUUGCUCGGCUACAUGCACGCCCAGAAGAGGCUAAAGAAGGGCCUACUUCCUUUACGAUACCACCGAUUCCUCGUUUCCCGCGCUCAACUCGCCCAGGUCGACCCGCGAUAUCGCCCCCAGCCCUCGAAUAUGUAUCCUUACACCCCGGAGCAACACUACUACAACAUGCACGCCAUGCCCCCACCGAUGUACGAUCCGACUGCGCCUCGGCCGCCAAUGUACGAGCCGCCCGCCGGCGCCACCAAGGCAGGCCCUCACCAGCAGGCCCCUGAUGUCCCGCAGACUCAACACCAGUCUGGCGAAGGCUCCGAUUAUGCGCCGCCGCCGGGACCUCCACCCAGUGCCAUCCAACCCCAAGAGACGGGGGUCACCAACCGAACUCGGGGGUGA